UCUUCAUUGCAGUUUUGGGAGGUGAUAAGCGAUGAGCAUGGCAUCGACCCCACCGGCAGUUACCAUGGCGACAGUGACUUGCAGCUGGAGAGAAUCAAUGUGUACUACAAUGAAGCUGCUGGCAACAAAUAUGUACCUCGGGCCAUCCUGGUGGACCUGGAGCCGGGCACCAUGGACUCAGUGAGGUCGGGACCCUUCGGCCAGAUCUUCAGGCCAGACAACUUUGUGUUUGGUCAGAACAGCACAGAAAUCACCGGGCAAAAGGCCACUACACAGACGGCACUGAGGGUGGCACCAGCUUAGACAUCAGACCCUUUCCCACAGUCUCAGCUAGCAAGGGCAAGCCCUACAAUGCCACCCUUUUUGGGCACCAACUGGUGAAGAACACAGGAAGCCCUGUAUAACAUCUGCCUCUGUACCCUCGAGCUGACCACACCCAUAUACAAUGACCUCACCUACCUGGUGUCAGUCACCAGGAGUGGGGUGACCACUGGUCUGCACUCCUCAGGCCAGCUGAAUGUGGACCUGAGAGUGCUGGGUGUGAGCAUAGUGCCCUUUCUGCACCCCUGACCGGCCAUGUAGCCACCCACCCUUUCUCUGGAAAUGCUCAUGCUCCCCCACAGAGGUUAUGUUCUACCUAGGAUGCUGAUACUAAGAGUAAAAUAGGUGGGGAGGGGCUAAGGCACCAGUGCAGCUGUCACUGAGGCACUGAUAAAAUGACGUCAGUCUUGGAGCUGGUGUGGUCAGAGGUGCCCAGGGACAUCCCUUUACACGGGAGCAAUCAAAGGAGUGACAACAUCCUUGGACUGUUCCUUCAGUUCUGGGUCUAGGGCCUUCCUGGAGCAGAAGGGAUUCAAAGCCUUGCUUCAUGAAGGCCCAGGGAGGGGAUAAAAUACUUAGGCCAGGAGCACCAAGAUCUGAAAGUAAACGUGGACAAUAGGCGUGAUGGUGCAUGGUACCAUCUUCUCUCUGGUGCAAGCUUUUGGGUUCCUUGUCUUCCUCGGCUUCAUUCUGCAGGACCCUUCCUGUGCUUCCUAAGCUCCAGACCAUUCUCAAUAUCUGCUGUUAAGUCUCCCAUCCCACAUCAUGGAAGGAGUCAGGCAUAACCAUCCCUCUAUGUCCAUAGGCUCCCUAUCUGCAGACUAAGCCAACCUCAAUUGGAAACUAUUUGGAUGAAAGGUUAUAUCUGUAUGAGGCAUGCAUAGACUUUUUCUUGUCACUGUCCAUAAGCACUACAGUACAAAGAGCUACUUACAUGACAUUUACACUGCUUAGGUGUUCUGGCUCAUGAUUUAAAGCAUACGAGGUCAUGUGGGAUGUCCUAGGCAUAUGUGAGCUGCUUUACGGAAGGAAUUCACAUCUGCAGGUUUAUGUAACGCUUUUCCAUGGGUACCAAAGGACAACCGCACUAGCCCUAUAUUUCUGUGCAGUAAGUCACUAUGACAUGAGUGGCUGAAAGUGACACAGUCAUUCUACAGUCUCCAGGGACCAGAAACUCAACAGUGAAGAUGAAUCCUUCCCUCAGGACCCUACAGAGUGGACCAGCUUGGUCUACACUGUCACCUGAAACUCAGAGGCCUGUUUCAAGCAAUUCAUCUAAGGGUCUUCUCAUCUCUGAGGCUAUUGACAAAAGGCUACUCUUUAUAUCUUGACGCUGCCUGGCCAUUCACCACAACACACUUGCUCCUCCUUUAAGGCCACCAGGAGAGCAUCCUCAGCCUGGUGGUCCAAACCGAAGCACUCUUCUGACACCAUCUGCAAACAGUCUUGUUUUAGGGACCAUUAGAGACAGCCUAACUCAGGAAACCUUACGGCUAACAGACAUAAAACCUAACUGGCUAUAAAAUCCAUCUCAUCAGUACCUAGAUUAGUUGAACAGUUGGAGAAGGGUCAUUGUAGAAUCUGCCUAAUACACAUGGACUGUGUAGACUGGAAAUAACAUGGUCUUUGGACCCAGAUAAACCUGUGCUUAUCACAGAGUAAAUAACUUAGCUCAUUCAUUAGUAAAUACUGUGCUUGUUUUGCCAAAUGGCAAAGUUGACCUGACUGUAGAGAGGUCACAUAGGUUCCUUAUAAUGAAAUAUAUAUGUGUUUAUAUAUUGCACUGCAUGUUAGAUUAGCCACAAAGUAUUGAUUAAUAGAAACAACAUUUGGGGCUAUAAAAUACUAUUACUUCUUGGUUUCCAAGGGGAUUGGUCCCUAUAGAUGCCAAUAAAAUGGCCAAAUAUUUGCAUAUAACCUACACAUUUCCUCAUGUUUACUGGAUGUUGUCUCUAGAUUACAGAUAAACUCUGAUACAAUGGCAAAGUUAUGCAAAUAGUUGUUUAUUUUUGAUAUAUUUCAUCCAUGAUUGGUUGGUUCCAUAGAUGUGUUAUGUGCAGGUAUAGGGGCCAAUUAUAGGGGGAAAACUUUAAAAUUCAUCUAUAUCUGACAUAUGAAGAUAAUGCUCAGGACUGUUUUUGUACAUGUGGCAAUUAGGCAUCUAUAGUGACAGAUGAAAAGGAGCACCCCUUCCAACUAAUUAAGUAUUUCUAGGAUUUAUCUGGGAUAUAAAGGAAUCAUAAGAACCAGGAGGGAUUGGGGGGUUCCCUGAAGAUCCCAGCUUCACAGUCAGGAUGGCCCUGGUCGGUAGUUUUUUUUGUUUUGUUUUGUUUUAUUUUCAUGGCUGAAGUGCUCUUGGCCCAAUAAACACUGUUGAAAAUUU